UUGAAGUUGUACGUUACAACAAAGGGACAGUGUGGUUAUAUUUUAUAAACUUUUUUUUUUCUUGGAGUGUAUAAUGGCGGAUACUACAGCACAGAAGGUUCAAGAAUACAAAGAUUCUUUAAAAACGAAGGCUGAACAAUUGCUGUUAAAAGGAUUUCCAGAGAAGAUUGUUAAAUUGAAUGAAUUAUUGGAAACUCCUGGUUUCUGCAAUAGAAAAUUAUCAGAUGUUCAUCAAGAUUUAAAUGUGCCCAUUCCAGAUCCUAUUAUUCUUAAUCAUUCCGAAAAUGAGUCCACUACAAAGAAAAGAAAGUUAGACAAUAGCAUAGACGAUACCAGUGGAACCAAAGUAAUGGUAUUACCAAAUGGACCUGUACCUUGUAACAAGCCCUUAUGUGAUCUUAUUCGCAUAGUUAAGCCCUAUAUUCGACAACUAUUGGAAGAUUCUAAUUUGUUAAAAAUGUGGAUUUCAUUUUUGAUUCCAAAAAUCGAAGAUGGAAAUAACUUUGGUGUAUCAAUUCAAGAAGAUACACUUGCCGAAAUACAAUCAGUCGAAAGUGAAGCUGCCGCAUUUUUUGAUCAAAUAUCUAGGUAUUUUAUCUCUAGAGGAAAGAUUGUUAGCAAAGUUGCAAAGUAUCCACACAUCAGUGAUUAUAGAAGAGCAGUGCAAGAAUUAGAUGAAAAAGAAUAUGUGAGUUUAUGGUUAGUUAUGUGCGAGGUUCGUAAUCGUUAUUGUUCUUUACACGAUUUGGUAAUCAAGAACCUGGAGAAGAUAAAAAAACCACGUUCUUCCAACGCGCAAUCUUUAUAUUAAAUAUUACAUAUGCUACUUCUAUUGGAUGAUGUACAGGAUUGUAUUGGGAGAAAGAAACAUAAACGAAAGAAAACAAAAAAACCUGCGCGAUGGAGAGUAUCAUUCUCAACUUUUCAAUGGAAUUAUUUUGAAUUGUUUUUUUUUUCUUUUUUCUUCUUUUUUUUUUUUUUUACUCGAUCGCCUUGACGUUUGACUUAUUCAUUUGAGUCAUAUUCAACGCAAUUUAAGGCGGCGCUAUAAUUUACGAUGAUCGUUAAGCUACAUGCUUUAGAAAAAGAUAUACCUAUAAAAGAAGAUACAUUUAACAUUGUUUGUGGAAACGAAUUUAACUACAUUUGCUUUCUCAGCUAAUUAAAACGUUAGGUUAAUUUUGA